AUGGCGGGCCAACAGCAGCAGAUCCUUGAUACUAUUUUUAAUAUGAAGAGGAAGAUGCUGCGAAAAGACGAUUCCGACACAGAAGACUCCGAGACACCCUUCAGCAGCAGCAAGCAGGAUUUGAGGCGCAAAGUCCAUUAUGCGCGCGCCAGCGACCCAGACUUCCUAUCUGACCCGCGACCCUACAAGAAGCGCAUUGAGCAUGCCGGCUACCACCGAUCCAUCCUGCAGCGCAACCCUCCGCGAUACGACCCGGACGGAGACAUAGUCGAAGUUGACGACGAAUACGAGGACGAGGAAGAUGUCGAGGCUGUCGAAGAGAAUCCGUACGGCAACAUACAGCUGGAGAGUCUUCUUGCGCCGCUCACUUCUGCCGCCGACCUACCGAAUCAUCCUGCCCUGAGCGUGGCAUAUUCCUCUCGACACCUCACAGACCUCGCAAACGAAGCCGGAAGCCUCUCGCGAAAAGAGCAAGUCACCAACGCGCGGGCAAAGACUUUGUUCGUGAAGCUCCAGGGCGACUCUACGUUUGCGCCGGAUGCUCUGUCCACCAUGGUCAGGGCACCGUUUCAGGAACCCUGGAUUAACAGCGCAAACGGGCGCACGGAGGAAGGAGACCAACAGCAAGCUCCUGAUGCUGAAAUGCAAGAUACUGUGGAAAGUCCCCAUGACGUAGACAUGGAGGAUGCAGAUCAGCCAAAUGGCACUAGCCGACAGACCGAGACCAACGGCAACACAAGACCAGAAAAGGUCAAUGGGGCGCAUCCUGUGACGAACGGAACACAUAUCGGAGAUGCAGAGCAAGUGCAAGAGAACGGAGAAGGAACGCCCGAAGAUGCGUCUGAUACUACAUCGCAACAGACGGCGCAUAGGAUGACGACACGUAGACGAGCCCAGGCGCACGCAGCCUCCACUCCUUCCCCGCCUCAUUCGCCUUCGAGCGGUGUUGGCGCGAUUCAUCCUCUUUUCAUACAUCCGUCAGAUUCGUUGCCGGACCGCGACUUCGGUCUGCCACCCAAUGAGGCAGAGGAAACGCGCAUGCUGCUCAUGGCCUACGUACAAAAGCAGGAGGAGGUGGCCCGGAUAACGUCCGACCUGUACCAAGGUCUAUUGGAGGCCGACCGCAUGAGGCAAGACGUUUACAAAUGGUCAAAGGCGGAAGCUCAUGUAGGAGAAAUGAGCGAUGGCGAGGAUUGGUAUGAUAAUGAGGAGUGGGGUCUUGAGCAGGAUCUAGCCAAAGGUCGGGACGAAGAGGAAGAUGAUACAGCUGUGGCUGGGAAGAAGAGCACAAGACAACGGCGGAAGCCUGACAAGGAUGACCGUCCAUGCUACGCUCUGGUAUGGACAGGCUUCACGCUGGCUUGGGUUGCUCUUGCCCAAGUGAGCCACACGCGUGUUCUCGCGUCAACAUCGUGCUCCCUCCUUCUGCCAACCUCGAAGCUUCCUACACCUCACACUCAUCAGCUGGCCAUGGAGUUUAUUCUGCGUUGCAACGAUCUGAAGUGUCGAUCGCAGCUGCAUGACCGCGCCGUAGUCACCACUUGCAGCCAUGUGUUCUGCAGCAAUUGCGCAGAUACCACCGGGCUGUCGAGGUCUACGAAUGCGCAUCGAACCUGUCCAGCAUGCAACGCAUCACUACACAACCCGGACGAUGUUGUUGUCGCGGGUCUCAAUCCAUCGGAAGACUACAGGACAUCGGUACUUAGUGGCCUAAGUCCGACAAUCAUCAUGGAAUGUGCCAGCCGCGGCUUGGCAUUUCAUAGCUACCAGACGUCGCAGGAGAUCAUCUAUCAGGAGCAUCUCGCGAAAGGCUUGACUGACAAGUACGAUAUGCUCAGCCAACAGAUGGAUCAGCUCAUCCACGAUGCAAAUUUGCAGAUCAAGGCAUUACAAGAUAAGAUGCUAGCUAUGCAAGCCGAACAAGAAUCUCUCGAAACUAAGAACCAUGAACUUGCGAAAGCCUACAAAGAAAAGACUAAAGCGCAUCAACACUCCCAGAGUCUCUACCAAGCACUGAAGGGGCAGGUCAUGGCAUCUCACGUAGCCUAUGCUGCUGGUGAUGAAGCCGCGCAUACGCUCCAAACUGCUCGAGGAGACCGUUUCAUUGACCGCCUUCCCGGAACCCGGACGAGUACGAACAACUACAGCCAGAUGAACAUGCCACAGCAGACUGGCAGUGGUAGGAUGCACAACAGGGAUGCCAGUAGGAGGUCUGAGAACAGUGGACGGCAACAGCAGGGUGGCAUCCAUAUCGGGCCUCCAUUCAAUCCACAAUUGCAGAGACGAGGCUUAGGUGGCAGGAACAUUACUGGUCAUAUCCCCAACCAAGAGUCCGGCUUCACAGCCUCCGGCUUCUGUGACGCAGACACUUCGGCCGGCACAGACGACUUGGGCAAGUGGCAAAACAACGACUUCUGCGAUUUGCAGAUCCCCGGUCGCCUAUCUACCGUGCGCAUUGUCAAAUCCGCAGGCAGUUUGCCUGGUGACUGCAGUGCCGGCACGAACGACGCGGACUACACGGGUUACUACGGCGUCUUGAUUGACACAAGUUACGUCGCCAGAUGCGGCGAUCGGGGACUGUUACUAUGGACGGGCUCAACUUUCUGA